GCGGCAGCUAGCCUUCAAAUAUAAAUAUCUUGAGCACCUCUCCCCAAUACCGGCCUGAUUCUCUCCGACGUCGCCCUCAACACCCACCACGAUGCUGGUGCCGGCCCUGAGACGAGCGGCAACGCGAGCAACCAACAUAGCGCGUCCCCGACAGCUCCGUCCGCACGCCCUACCAGGUCCGGUUCCACUCGCGACUAGACAUGUCCCUAGACUUGCACUACCCAUACCUCAGCUCCGGAGAGCGUUCUCUACGAGUCUUGCGAAGGCUGAGCAAGCCAGUGGUGCAGGCGGCUCGGCAGGGUCGCCGCCCCCGCCAAAGCGCAAACUGCCCAGGUUUAGGACCGUCCUGAAGUAUUCCGCGUACAUUGUUGGGUCUACGGUUUUUGGAGUGUUUGUUCUGACUGGCGUCAUCUUCUUACACGAUGCAUUCACGUAUAAUGAAAAGCACAUCGAGGGUGUCCCUGUGGAACCUCUGGCUCUGCAUCCCGAACGUGGUGGCCCCAAGAACCUUCCAAUUGUCAAAGUAUAUCUCUCAGACGUAGAAGAUGAAGAGGCAUCUGAACUCAGGACCAAGCCGCAUCUGGUUAUUGUCGGUGGAGGAUGGGGUGCCAUGGGCGUGCUCAACACCCUGAAUCCUGGUGACUAUCACGUUACGGUCGUUUCACCGGAAACCUACACGACAUUUACGCCCUUGCUGCCAUCUGCUGCCGUCGGCACCGUCCAGGUCCGUUCGCUGGUCGAGCCGCUACGCAAGAUUGUUGCUCGACUGCGCGGACACGUCUUGAACGCCAAGGCCGUUGAUCUCGUCAUGUCUGAACGUCUUCUGGAAGUGGAAAUUGUUUCUCCAGCUGAUUCGAAGCAUCACCUCUACGUCCCUUACGACAAACUAGUCAUUGCAGCUGGCUCGACAUCAACGACGCAUGGUAUACAAGGAUUGGAAAACUGUUUCCAAUUGAAGACUAUUGGUGACGCACAGAGAAUCAGACAACGUAUCAUUGACAACUUCGAAGUCGCUGCCUUGCCAACAACGUCCGAGGAAGAGCGCAAGCGUCUCCUGAGCUUCGUUGUCUGUGGCGGUGGACCGACUGGCAUCGAGACCGCGGCCGAAAUCUAUGACCUGUGUCAAGAAGACAUCAUCAACUAUUACCCGAAGAUCUGCCGGGAAUAUGUAUCCAUUCAUGUCAUCCAGAGUCGUUCGCACAUCUUGAACACGUAUUCGGAAGCUAUCUCUCGGUACGCGGAGGAUAAGUUCAAUCGCGACGGCGUGAAUUUAGUCACCAACGCACGAGUGGGCUCUGUACACCCGGAUAAAGUCGUCUAUACGAUCAAGGGCAAGGAUGGCAAGACCGAAGAGCACGAGAUUCCGGCGAACUUUGUGCUCUGGAGUACCGGCAUUGCGAUGAGUCCAUUCGUGGCAAGGAUCUCAAGCUUGCUUCCUAAUCAGGUCCACAAGAAGGCUAUUGAGGUCGACGCGCAUUUGCGAGUUAAGGGUGCGCCAUUGGGCGAGGUAUAUGCGAUCGGCGACGCGAGCACCAUUGAGACUUCGAUUGUUGCGCAUCUUCUGGAACUCGUGGACGCAUCAGACAAGAACAAGGACGGAAAAAUAGACUUUGAGGAAUGGCAGAUCAUGGUCGAUCAGAUCAAGAAGCGCAUCCCUAUGUCCGAGGAGCACCUUUCCACAGUCCGCGAACUCUUCGACCUGUAUGAUUCAGAUGCGGAUAGCUCGCUCAACCUGAAUGAGCUCGCGGUGCUGCUGCAGGAGAUUGGGAACAAGAUCACGGCGCUGCCGGCGACGGCGCAGGUCGCGUCGCAGCAGGGCAAGUACCUCGGUCGCAAGCUGAGCCGGGUCGCGCGCCAGCGGCCCGUGCUCGCCGCGAACGACCUCACGACGAACGAGGGCGACGAGUUCGUGUCGGGUCCGUUCCGCUACCGCCACCUCGGCUCGCUCGCGUACAUCGGCAACGCGGCCGUGUUCGAUCUCGGCAAGUACAGCUUCAUGGGAGGCCUCGUGGCGAUGUAUGCGUGGCGGAGUGUGUACUGGAGCGAACAGGUCAGCUAUCGCACGCGCGCUCUGCUCAUGAUCGACUGGAUUGUGCGUGGAAUCUGGGGACGAGAUCUGUCGAGGCUGUAAAAAUUCUCGGUUGCGACUGGGAUCCGGCUGCUUGCAUUGUAAUUCAGUCUUGAUACGAGCCGUAGAUUAUAUAUAGGCUGUAUACCCGCUACCAUCCGGCCUAGAUACACCUCUGAUGCCAUGUCUACAUAAGCUCUACCUGAGUUUUCGCAGAGACCACAGCACAAGCAUUCGAUCAUUCCGGGCUGAACCCCGUCUCGAGUCGCUGCCUGCCCUCCUCAAAUACUCGCUCAAGCAGCUGGUUGAACCGGUCACGCCGCUGCAUAUGAACACCAUGACCGGUCUUCUCCCACUGCACAAGCUCCGCCUCGGGCAUGUGCUGCUUCAGUCGCAAACUGCAGCUCGGUCGCACAAGGUUGUCAUCGUCGCCGGUGAGGAUGAGCACCUUGGGGACGUGCCGGGCGAGCUCGCGCAGCCGUGCAGGGGAGGUGUGGUGCGUGAGACCUGCAAAUAUUUGCGAGAAUGUGCCCAUGGGUGACUGUGGCCGCGUCACGCGUAUGCGCUCGCGAUAGUCCUGCAAGACCCAUUCGAAGUUCUUCCGCCCGGAGCCGGCGUCGUCCGGCGCGUCGAGCCAUACGCGGGGAAAGAGCAUGCCGAGUAUGAUCGGGAUCUUCUUCUCGGGGUCGCUGGUGAAGGUUACGCGUGUGAGGCCAACAAAGCCUUUCCAAGGCGGGAAGUUGUUCCAUGGGUAGCCCCCGGGGGUGGUAACAGCCAGUGUGAGCGAGAUGAUGCGUUCCGGAAUCCGCAGGGCAAGAUGCUGGGAUAUCAUUCCGCCCAAUGACAUACCGACGACAUGGAGGCUGCGCUCCUCCGUCCACCCGACAUAGUUCAAUAGCGCGAGCGCGUCCUCGGCCAUGCCCACCGUCCUGCGCCAUGGUCAUCCCAUGCGACCGACUCAAGAAGACAGAUGGCUGCUCACGUGUAUGGCCCGCGUGGCGUCCCACUGUGCCCGACGCCACGGUUAUCGAAGACGAUGACCGAAUAUCUAGGGUCGCGUCCGAAGAGCUCGACCUGCCAUCUCCACGCGAACGACGAGCUGUUCAGCCUGCAGGGUCCGGCACGUUCGGGAGGCACGGUAGGCCCGUCAGCAUCGGCGCGCAGGAGCGUUCAGACGUACGCGGUGCGCGGAGCCUCACCCCAUGAUAAAUAGGACCUUCUCAGGCCCGUUGCCGUGUUGCUCCCAGUAGAGCGAGUGGCUCUCGAGCGGGUCGUCCUUGUUUCGCAGGCUCGAGACUGGGAAGAGGCCCUUACGCGUACAGGUUUCCGGAGCGAACACCGUCGGGAGGUCGACAACUCUGUCGUUGUCUAUGGUCGCGCUCAUGGUGGGAAAAACUGAGUGAAGGUGGUACGUCUGUUGAGGGCCUGGAAUCAAGGUUAGAAUAGGAC